CAGGUCGCGAAGAAAUGCGCACCGGUCUUAUGACCAUUCUAUUGUCAUCGCGCGGGUCGCGAACAUUUAACGAGUACUUUCGUUAUUUCAAAUUCAGUUAUACGAUUUUCCUCGCAUCUCUUAUUUACAAAUUAAUUUAGAAAUUAUUUUUAGAAUUUGUAAAAAGGCGUAUUUCCAAUCUUGAUUGGACUAUUAUCAAUAAUAUGCCUGCCAAUAAUACCACUAUACCUGCUCAGGAGAUUGAUCGCAAUUCCAGAAUUGCUAAUUUCAAAUUCAACAGUAAACAUGAAGAAGCACGUAGAAGGAGAAGUGAAAUUUCAAUUGAAUUACGCAAAGCAAAAAAAGAAAAUCAGUUAUUCAAAAGACGUAAUUUAAAUAUUGUGGAAGAUGAGGAAACAUCAAUAUUUACUGAAAACAAUAUAAAACCUACCUCUUCGUCAAUUGAAGAUAUUGUAGCCAAUAUGCUUUCCUCCGAUGAAACUAUUCAACUUCAAGCAGUACAAGCUUGUAGGAAGAUGUUGAGUCGUGAAAAAAAUCCACCAAUAGAUUCUAUGAUAAAUUUAGGAAUAGUACCACAAUGUAUUAGAUUUUUGGACUAUCAUCAUAACCCCGCACUUCAAUUUGAAGCAUCAUGGGCUUUAACUAAUGUAGCCUCAGGCACAUCUGAGCAGACAUACGUUGUUGUCAAAAAUGGUGCUAUUCCCAAAUUAAUAAAUUUACUUAAAUCCAACUCAUCUAAUGUCGCUGAACAAGCUGUAUGGGCAUUAGGAAAUAUUGCUGGAGAUGGACCAGUGACUCGUGAUCUUGUUCUUGCCAAUGGUUUAUUGCCAGUUCUAUUGAGUUUAAUAAAACCAGACACCAAUAUAACAUUCGCUCGUAAUAUAGUCUGGACUUUAUCGAACUUGUGCCGAAAUAAAAACCCACCGCCACCAUUUGAAGUUGUAAAAACAGCUCUGCCAGUACUGAAUCGAUUGCUUAGCAAUACUGAUAAGGAUAUUUUAGCUGAUGCUUGUUGGGCAUUGUCAUACCUUACCGAUGGACCAAACGAGAAAAUACAAGCAGUAGUUGAUUCUGGUAUUACUCCAAAAUUAGUAGAAUUACUUUCAUCUACUGAAGUAACAGUGCUUACGCCAGCACUACGUGCAGUUGGAAACAUAGUUACUGGAAACGAUGUUCAAACGGAUGCAAUCAUUUCCGCGGGUGGACUUAAUCAUCUUGCCCUAUUAUUAGAACACAAUCGUAUAAAUAUCGUUAAAGAAGCUGCUUGGACUAUUAGUAAUAUUACUGCUGGAACUGUACAACAAAUUCAGCACGUUAUAAAUGCUAAUGUUUUACGACCAUUGUGCCAAGUUCUUAGAGUGGGUGAUUAUAAAUCACAAAAAGAAGCAGCAUGGGCUAUAACUAAUUUAACUUCAGGAUGUUCAGUUAAACAUAUAGCUUAUUUGAUACAGACUGGCAUAUUAUCUCCAUUCUGCAAUUUACUUGAUUCCAAAGAUUGGAAAACUGUUCUUGUUGUUCUUGAUGGCUUAUCAAAUAUUUUAGAAGCGUCUGCAAAAAUGGGUGAAAUUGAACGUGUUACCCUUAUGAUCGAAGAAAACGGUGGCCUAGAUAAAAUUGAAUGUUUGCAACAAAAUGAAAAUGAACAAGUAUACCAAAGAGCCAUAGCAAUCAUUGAUACUUACUUCUCAGAUUGCGACCAAGAAGAGUUCAGCACAAUAGAUCAUCCGAAAACGUCAGAAAAUACGGAAUUACAGUUCAUAGCUCCUGAUAUUCAACCACAACAAGCUUUUAAUUUUUAAAAUGUUGUAUCAUUCUUAUAUUACAGUUCCCAGUGAGUUAUAACCCAUUUGUAAAUAAUUCAUAGUAAUGGGGCAAAAAAAUAUUAGCAAUUUCUUCGCGCUAAUCGAAUAUUUUGUACUUAGUGUUUCGUUCAUAUUCUUAAAAAGCGAAAAUUAUUUCGACGAUUGAUCUUCUUUUUUCUUAUGAUAAUAUUUUACUAUAUCGUAAUUAUGUUAAGUUGAAAAAAUUUCUUUAAAUUGAAGACAAAGUAAUACACAAAAAUUUGCUCUCUAUAAUUCUCUGAUGAUUUUUUGAUGAUUUGAGAAAGAGAAAGAUAAAUAUUAUUAGGCGUUACAAGGAUUUAUGAUUAAGCUUUGUUCAAAAUAUUAAUUUUUUAAAUUUUGCAUGUAAAGAGUUUUUGUCGAAUUUAUUUUUUCUUAUAUUUUCUUUUCAUAUUGUGACGCGCAAAGACAUAUGUCUAUCAAUUAUAUUAAAUCCUAUUAAUGAUAUAAAUUUGUUUUUUUAUGUAUUUUGUAAUAAAACUUAUAUAUACUUGA